AUGGACGACCAGGACGAUGCCGACAUGGAGCAGAGACUCAUCAACGAAGAAUACAAGACGUGGAAGAAGAACAGCCCGUUUCUCUAUGACAUGAUCCUGAGCACCGCGUUGGACUGGCCGACAUUGACCACGCAGUGGUUCCCCGAUGUCAAGGACGUAAAAGACAAUACCUACACGACCCACCGAUUGCUUAUCGGAACCCACACUGCAGAAGGGAAGCCCAAUUAUCUGCAAAUUGCCGAAGUUGAGAUUCCGAAGCCUGUCAAGCCCAAUCCUCGCAACUACGACGAAGAACGUGGCGAGAUUGGGGGCUAUGGCGGCAAGGCAUCCUCGGAGGAGUCUCGCUCCAUCAAGUGGAGCAUCACUCAAAAGAUUGACCACCCGGGCGAGGUGAACAAGGCUCGGUACCAGCCUCAGAAUCCCGACAUCAUCGCCACGCUCGCGGUUGACGGCAGGGUCUUGAUCUUCGACCGCACCAAGCACAGUCUGACGCCCACGGGUACGCCGAAUCCGCAAAUCGAGCUCAUCGGCCAUAAGGAGGAGGGCUUCGGGCUUGCAUGGAACCCCCACGAUGCAGGCUGCCUUGCAACCGGUAGUGAGGACAAGACGGUGCUGCUUUGGGAUUUGAAAACAGUUCAGGGAAACGGCAAGACGCUCAAGCCCUCGCGCAGAUACACCCAUCACAACAACAUUGUGAACGACGUGCAGUACCACCCCAUGGUUAAGCACUGGAUCGGGACCGUGUCGGACGAUCUGACACUUCAAAUUAUUGACGUGCGACGCCCCAACACGGCAACGGCUGCACUUGUCGGCCGCGACGGCCAUAGCGAUGCAAUCAAUGCGCUGUCUUUCAACCCACGGACCGAGUUUCUCAUUGCCACUGCGUCGGCCGAUAAGACAAUAGGUAUCUGGGACAUGCGAAAUUUCAAGGAGAAGAUCUACACGCUCGUGGGCCACAACGACGCUGUCACGUCGCUCGCGUGGAAUCCAAACGAGAUCAGCAUUCUGGCCAGUGGAGGCUACGACAGGCGGGUCCUCAUUUGGGACCUCAGCCGUAUAGGUGACGAGCAGUUGCCAGAGGACCAAGAGGAUGGCCCGCCGGAGAUCCUCUUCAUGCACGGGGGGCACACCAACCACCUGGCCGAUCUCAGCUGGAACCUCAACGACGACUGGAUAAUGUGCAGCGCUUCCGAGGACAACCUCCUCCAGAUUUGGAAGAUUGCGAGUUCCAUCGUCGAUCCGGACGACACUGAGAUGCCAAUGAACGAGAUGGACGCGUCCAAUUAG